UGCCAAACCUUGGCUCACCUGUGGUGGUGAGAGGCGGACCUGCAUACGUCCCUCAAGUGGCUGUCUCACUGUGUUAACCUCCUGCUGCUGCUGCCCCUACACCCUCCUCCUGCCCGCUCCCUGCUCUGGCAAGUGUCUCACAGCUCCUACUGACCUGCCCUGACCGCCCCUACACCCACGUUGACCAAGAUGCGGUGGGCGACGGGCGUGUGGGCGUGCGUGGUGGUGGCGACGCUGGUGGGCGUGGAGGCGGCCGUGGCGUGCAACGAGGUGGUGUGUGCCAGCAUGGUGAGCAAGUGCAUGUUGACCCAGGCCUGCAAGUGUGACCUCACCAACUCCCCCGGCAACAACUGCACCUGUUGCCGCGACUGUGCCAAGUGCCUGGGCUACCUCUUCACCGAGUGCUGCUCCUGUCAAGGCAUGUGUGAACCCAGGAGUCAGGUGUUGGACAAGACUGACUCCCAGGUCGGGGACCUGUCGGAACCCUUCCAGCAGCUCUUCCAGGCCCUGGCGGUGGAGAAGGACCCUCUCCUCCGCUGGACCACCAUGACCUUCCCUAUCGACGUGGCCCUCUCCGCCAUCGACACCACCACUCUCGACAAGAGCAAAUACAAGCUGGUGACCCACCCGCAGGACACCGCCCAGGUGGAGCAGGUGACGGUGAACUGCACAGUGCUCUACUGGGCCCAGUGUGUGUCCGGCAGCAAGUGUAAGGAGUUGUGCAAGACCACGGGAGCCUCCGCCUACCGCUGGUUCUUCGACGGGUGCUGCGAGUGUGUGGGCAGCCCCUGCAUCAACUAUGGCGUCAACGAGAGCAGGUGUAUCCAGUGCCCCCCGAUAGACCAGAACGAUGAGAACGACGACAUCCUCACUGAUCAGUACCUGGCGAACAACUCUGCCGACACCUUCGACGAGGUGGCGGCCCAGGAGGACAUCCUCUCCGGGAACGACCCCACCGUGUAGUGAGGGCGCUACCGUAGGGCAGCCGCUGCUGGGCCGUGUCCUUGGCCCUCGCCGCCUCCACCACAGCGCGUCGCCGGCUCGCCACGACCACCCACUUGCGUCGUCAUCUAUACAUUUAAUGCAACAGAAAAUCGGAUAUAUAGCGAUAGUAUGGAGAAGCGUGACACCGGAUAUAGCAUACUACCGAGUAGCGCUUCCUGGUAGUGUGUUGACGCUUCACGUCCGUGCUUCACGUCCGUGCUUCACGUCCAAGCUCCACUUCCGUGCUUCACGUCCAAGCUCCACGUUCAAGCUCCACGUCCGUGCUUCACGUCCAUGCUUCACGUUUCACGGACGCGCGACUACUGGCAAAUAUAUGUGUCUUUACUACGUAAAUUAUCAAGAGAUAUCUUGUAAUAAAAGGUGGCAGAAAUGGUCAAGCUCUGAGUGAGGCUUGCGAGAAACAUGUGUAUAAAUGUGCUGUUGAGGUGACUUGUACUACGAAGGCUGUCUGCGUGGAUACCUCACAUGUGAAGAAAACUAUAUAUUCUUAUUUUGCUUUGUUUUUAAGGCCAAGAUUCCAGCUUAAGGAGAUUGAGUCAGGGCCAGGACCUUGCUUUUAUACUCUUGAACUCUCAGACUUCUUUUCGGAGAAAUCUGUUAAAUUUAGCAAACUAUUGAUAAAUAAUGGUUAGUAAAUACAGUAUGUUGUAUUAUCCCAGAACCGUUCUGUACUUGAAGCUUUCUCCUCGGCUGGAGCACUCUUCUUUAUACCUUGGUAGACUAGUGGUAAUGGCUGUCGACCAGUGGUAACGGCUGUCGACCAGUGGUAAUGGCUGUCGACCAGUGGUAAUGGCUGUCGACCAGUGGUAACGGCUGUCGACCAGUGGUAACGGCUGUCGACCAGUGGUAACGGCUGUCGACCAGUGGUAACGGCUGUCGUCCAGUGGUAACGGCUGUCGUCCAGUGGUAACGGCUGUCGUCCAGUGGUAACGGCUGUCGUCCAGUGGUAACGGCUGUCGUCCAGUGGUAACAGCUGUCGUCCAGUGGUAACGGCUGUCGUCCAGUGGUAACGGCUGUCGUCCAGUGGUAACAGCUGUCGUCCAGUGGUAACGGCUGUCGACCAGUGGUAACAGCUGUUGACCAGUGGUAACAGCUGUCGUCCAGUGGUAACAGCUGUCGUCCAGUGGUAACAGCUGUCGUCCAGUGGUAACAGCUGUCGAUCAGUGGUAACAGCUGUCGACCAGUGGUAACAGCUGUCGACCAGUGGUAACAGCUGUCAUCCAGUGGUAACAGCUGUCGACCAGUGGUAACAGCUGUCGUCCAGUGGUAACAGCUGUCGAUCAGUGGUAACAGCUGUCGAUCAGUGGUAACAGCUGUCGACCAGUGGUAACAGCUGUCAUCCAGUGGUAACAGCUGUCGACCAGUGGCAACAGCUGUCGACCAGUGGCAACAGCUGUCGACCAGUGGUAACAGCUGUCGUCCAGUGGUAAUGGCUGUCGUCCAGUGGUAACGGCUGUCGUCCAGUGGUAACGGCUGUCGACCAGUGGUAACGGCUGUCUUCAGCCGUUACCACUAAUACAAUCCUGAUAAAAUUAGAUUUGUAUUAUUGAUAUUGUGUGUUACGUAAUAACCUUUAUCUCACACUUGGAAUUACAAAUAACAAUUAUUGUAACAUUAACCUUUGAUAUACCUUGGCCAGGAAUACUGUAUGUUAACGGGGCAAUGAGAGACGAGGCAGGCCAGCCACACAAGAUGGUUCAACCCCCCCCCCCCCCCCUUCUCUGUUCACUGCACAUUACGUCGCCUUGUUCACAAGUCCCUGAUGUAUUACAGCUAACCUGACUUGUUGUUCUUUGCAGACGAUGAGUCACAAUAACGUGGCUGAAGUAUGUUGACAAGACCACACACUAGAAGGUGAAAGGACGACGACGUUUCGGUCCGUCCUGGACCAUUCUCAAGUUGAUUGUGUCACAAUCGACUUGAGAAUGGUCCAGGACGGACCGAAAUGUCGUCGUCCCUUCACACUGUAGUGUGUGGUCUGGUCAACAUGUUGUCCUCUGCUCCAACUACACGCUGCCUCCAGCGACUAUAGGAAGUGUGCUCUUUGCUUAGUUUGGAGAGCGGCUACGCUGUCUGCUCUUAGUACUUUGCCUGGAAGAAGUUGAUCUUAGUACUUUGCCUGGAAGAAGUUGAUCUUAGUACUUUGCCUGGAAGAAGUUGAUCUUAGUACUUUGCCUGGAAGAAGUUGAUCUUAGUACUUUGCCUGGAAGAAGUUGAUCUUAGUACUUUGCCUGGAAGAAGUUGAUCUUAGUACUUUGCCUGGAAGAAGUUGAUCUUAGUACUUUGCCUGGAAGAAGUUGAUCUUAGUACUUUGCCUGGAAGAAGUUGAUCUUAGUACUUUGCCUGGAAGAAGUUGAUCUUAGUACUUUGCCUGGAAGAAGUCGACUCUGGCAAACAGCAGAGUCCUUCA